CCCAUUGUUCCUGGGGACUGUCACUCUCGGAGUCCUGAUUUUCCCAUUGACGCUUCCCCCUUUUGGGACUGGGAGCUAGGCAACCGAAACACCCCCGCUGAAUGUUAGCGAGCCGCCCCACGCUUACAAUUAGGAGCCCUGGUCAGUUCAGUGGGAGCAGCAGUCCACCCUUAAUGAGGGUCUGAGGCUGGGGGCGGGAGCGGGAGGUGAAGCCGCUGCCGUCAGAGGGAGUCCUGUCACGCUAGGACCAUGCUGGAGAUGCUUUCCGAUGCAAAGAGCGCGCGAGCCGGAGGCUGAGCCAAGCCACUGGCUGGGGUCCGGCUGAAGCAGCAGCCAGGAGAGGGGGAAGCGGAACAACGCGGGCGUGCGUGCCGGUGGCGGGGAUCCCUAAUUAGCGCCUCUUCAGACCGGGGACGGAAAAGAAACCAAUGCGCUAGACCGCGGCGUGCACAGCAAACCUCAUCCGCGUCGGGUUUCCGAGGAUCCAUCGGCAGCGGGAGAUUUCUCCGCCUGGCUCAAGAGCUUGAGUUGUGGGGGGGCUUUGUGCUUCCGGCUGUCACUACUGGGGGCACCAUUUGAAACCCACCGACAAUGCGCCCGCCGAUGCGGUACCUUCUGGCCAUUCCUCUGCUGAGCGCGAUGGUUUUCGUUGUGCUGCACAAGGGUGAGUUGCACCGGUCAAAAAAAUAUCCCGGGCAAACAGCGUCCCACGAAAGAUCCCUGGUAAAGCGAGCCUGUGAUGCGCUGAUCGAACAGAAGAAAGCUUUUGUUUGGGGAAACCGCCUAAAAACCUCCCGGAGGAGUUUUGCCUGCAGUGAGUACUUAGUGCACAAUCACUAUAUAACCAGCCCUCUCUCGGCAGAAGAAGCUGCCUUUCCUUUGGCUUAUAUCAUAACGCUGCAUAAAGAAUUUGAUACUUUUGAGAGGCUCUUCAGGGCUAUUUAUAUGCCCCAAAAUGUUUACUGUGUCCACGUGGAUGAGAAGGCACCAGCUCAGUUUAAGAAAGACGUGGAGACAUUUUUGAACUGUUUCCCCAAUGCGUUUCUUGCCUCAAAAAAUGAGCCAGUCAUUUAUGCCGGAAUAUCCAGACUUCAGGCGGAUUUGAACUGCAUGAAAGACCUGCUGGAAUCAGGAGUUUGGUGGAAGUACCUGCUCAACAUGUGUGGACAAGAUUUCCCCUUGAAAACCAACAAGGAAAUAGUUCGGCAUCUGAAAGGAUACAAGGGGAAAAAUCUCACUCCUGGAGUGCUGCCUCCUGCCCAUGUGAUUUCAAGAACCAAAUAUAUCCAUAAGGAGCACAUAGGGACUGACUCCUCUUAUAUGAAAAAGACCAAUGAGUUGAAACAGUCCCCACCACACAAUCUGACCAUCUACUUUGGCUCUGCUUAUAUUGCUGUCACAAAGCCAUUUGUGGAGUUCAUUCUUAAUAAUCAACGUGCUAUUGAUUUAUUGGAAUGGUCCAAGGACACCUACAGUCCAGAUGAACACUUCUGGGUAACACUCAAUAGGAUACCCGAUGUCCCUGGUUCCAUGCCAAAUGCAUCCUGGGAAGGUAACCUGAGAGCAAUCAAGUGGAGUGAUAAGGAAAGCUCUCAUGGAGGUUGUCAUGGCCAUUAUGUCAGAGGCAUUUGUAUAUAUGGAACAGGUGACCUAAAGUGGCUACUUAAGUCUGCAAGCAUGUUUGCUAACAAGUUUGAACUCAAAACAUACCCACUCACUGUAGAAUGCUUGGAACUGAGUCUUCGAGAGAGAGCGCUGAACCAGAGUGAGACGCAGGUGAAACCAAGUUGGUACUUUUAAACUAACAACUCAGAAUGGAAAUAAAACUCCAACUGCAGUGGCUCUGGAAUAACCACCUCCCCGGAAAGACUUUUCUUUUGGGACCUCAGUACGGGUAGUUUGUAAUGUCUUGAGUGGAAGGUUUGAGUGCAGAUCAUACAAUACUGGAGAGACCAAAAAGGAGGCUGAGGAAAUGGUUCUGUUGGCUUUGCUGUAUAUGCACUUUUGACAUGUGUGGCUGGACAGCAUCAGUGCUGACUUGUGCCUGGCAAUAAUGUCAUCACUGUCAUGUUAUAUAUAUAUUUAAACAAACAUCAUGGAUCCCUAAAAUUUCAUACAGCAACAUAAAAUCCAGAGCAUAUUAAUGAGGAAGAGUUAUCCUUCUUUGAAGGAAGCAACCAUCAACAAGAUCUUAAAGAUAAAUCCAGGUGCAGUUUGACUUCAUGCAUACAGAAACCAGAGUUACUGACAAAAAAAAUCCCUGUGCCAAAUGCAUGUAGGGUAAUAGCAUUUGCUAUUUUUGACUCCCUAAAUGGGCAGCAAGGGGCAAGUGGGAAGCAGGAGGAAUGUUUCCAGAUCUGCUUGGUCCCUUCCAAAGCAUUCUGGGAGUGGGGGAAGACAACUGGAAGUUAGACAUUUUCAUACUGAUAACUCUGAGCUUUUGAGAAUAACUCAGUCACUCCAUCUUAUACUGUGAAACAUGCUAAUAGUCUGAGUUUUAUUUUUCUAGACUGUAUAUACUUAGUACAGAAAAUCCCUGUUAGCUGUUGGUUAUACUGUAUUAAGAUUCUCCUUCCCCAACCAGCCACUAGAUAUGCAAGCAGGACUGACAUUCCAGCCACACACGCAAGACCUCAUGCAAAGCUCCCUGAAGACAACUGAAAGGCUCAAUAAACCAGCCAGGACAUUGCCUGGUACGCAGCAAACACCACACACCAAUCCCACACCUAGAACUUUCAAAAGUAUUUUAAAUCUCCCAAACAUGAUGGAUGGUAUGUGUAGUUUUCACCCUCAUGUUCCCCACUCUGAGGAACCCCCUAUUUUUCUGGAAAAGUCAGAGGAAAACAAAGCAAAAAAAAAUAAGAGUACAGUUGUAGGCACCUCUUCCUUUAGUUGUGGAAGAUUGUAUAUAUGCCAAAUUCUGGGCACAUAGUACUAAUAGAAGGAGUUUCAGACUGUGCCAUCACAAAGGCAUUCAAAUAGACUAUUUUCAGGGCAGAAACUUGGACUGAAUUCCAGUUCAACUUCACUAAUGGAAGAGUUUCCUGACAGCAAAGCUGGCACAGCAGCCAGCCUGUGGAAACUACAGAGAGUAGGAAGACAGAUAGGGCAGAAGAAUUAUUUUUUCAAAAGUGACUAGUAAUUUGGAGGGUGGGAGGGGGCCUUCACUUUUGACUGCCCAAUUUGAGACUCUUUAAAGGGGCCCAACUUUUCAGAAAACGGGCUCUUCUCUUUCCAGCAGUGAUCUCUCAAGUUGGGCACCCAGAAAUGGAGAUACACAAAGCUGAAAGUCACUUUUGAAAAUGUAGGCCAAGAUUUAAAGAAGGGAAGGGAUCCUAACAACCUGAUAAGAAUAAUGGAAGUACUACAAUGUGCAAAGAGAGCAGGAGGUAGAAAUGGACUGUCCCAGACUGAGAACUAGAGGCAAAUAAGGGAUAAUAAAACCAACAAGAGCAGAAGCUGCAAGAUCAGCAAUUUAAGAGACCACCAACAGGAUAUUUUGCACUGAAUUCUCUUAAAAUGAGCAGGACCAAGUGGAUCCAGUCUUGAGAGAUCUCACACUUUCCCAUUUGAGUAACGUGAUAGCAGAAUUCUUAACACUUAGCAACUCACAAAGCAAAGCUGUCUGUUCAGAAUUAAUACUGUUGGCCUAUGUACUGACACAAUCCAACUCCUGUUAAUGUCUCUUCCUUGACUGAUAGUCAAUGUUAUAUUUUCAUGGAAAUAAAUUAUUUUGGUUUCAU